AUGACCGACCAGUACAGGCGGCCCCGUUCACCGGUUUACAACCCGGCGCGGGCAUCCCUCCCCAUCAACCUACCUGGCCAUGGCCAUCCAGCUUCCCACAACCACCAGCAUCAUCACCACGACAAAGAUCACGACCAUCACGUACGCGUUAUUCCCACCUCUCGCCGCGAGCUGAUUCCUACUACCCAUUCGCGGAACGGGAGUAGCACGGCUAGUAGUGCCGGAACUGUUACGACAACAUAUAAGAUCACUGCCGACCCUCCUCCAGCUUCAUCUCGAAGUAGCAGCGCUCGAAAUGCCAGCCGAACCCGAAGCUCGACCGUCGAUUCCUACAAUCGCCCAACCAUUGUUACCCCGGCGGCGUCAAGGAAUAAACCGGUGAUCCAUAGCGGCAGACCUCCGAGUCCCUUGAGGAACCCCUAUCGAUUGAGCGAUGAAGACUACUACUCAGUCCCGGCUUCCUCUCAACACCUCCAUUCCCGCAACAAGCGAUACAGUGCUACAAUGGAUAAUGAUGACAUGCGUCGCCUGGAAAUGGAGCGUGAGAGAGAUAGAUUACGAGUUCCCUCAGCCAGGGAGAGGGGCUCAUAUUCCAGCAGCAGACCACGACCAGUGUAUCCUAAAUCAGCAGCGAGACAUCUGCCGACCUUUGGAGACGAUUAUAGUGAAGAUGGAUAUGGUUAUACGAAACCGCGAGAUUUGGUACAGUAUGAUCUGGACAAUCCUACAAGACAGGAGCAGCGAAGGGACAGUUUUGAAAGUGGGGGGAGAAGUAGGCCAACUAGUGUGGGUAAUUACGGUGAACUGGUUGUAGGCUCUUAUGACUCGAGGAUGCAUGGCCCGCCGCCUUCGAUCAGGGGGUUUGAUAAGUUUUCUAGGGGAUCGACAUGGGAACAGCCGAUGGGAAGGAUGCCAGUAGCUCCUCCUCCACCAGUGUCGCCUAUCCAUAGACCAGCGAGGGUUGAUCCACCUUUCGAGGAACAGCCUCCCAAGCGAAGUUAUCCUAGAAGACCUGUAUAUCCGGACCACGAACACAAAAGAGGACCGCGCAAUGAUUAUUACGAGGUGCAAGAUGAUGAUCCAAGGGGCAAACGAGAAAGACCGUAUCGUGCCACGCCCGGAUAUGGUAGCCCUGUCGAGCAGAGGGGUUUUGGUAUUAGAGAUGAGCUGCCACAAAAGCUAGAGAGGUCUGAGAAAUCCGACAGGUUGGACAGAGCAGAAAGGCACGAAAGGCCAGAAAGGAAGGAGAAAUUCGACAGGCUGGAAAGAGAAAAAAGGCCCGAGAGGCCAGAAAGAGUUGAGAGAUCAGAUAGACUUGACAAAACUGACAGAAUCGAAAGAGGAGAACGAUCCGAGCGGCCGGAGAGACCGGACGAUGAUUUGCCUGAGCACAAUAAAGGCCGAGAUGCAGUCGCCGCUGGACUUGGCAUUGCUGGAGCUGCGGUAGGCCUCAACGCAGCGAAGAAGGCUAAGGAUGAUCAUGAUGAUAGAGAUGAUCGGAAGCAGAAAGAAUACUAUGAUGACCCUCGACCGUCUCGGAACCAAAGAGAGGCAAAGGACCGUGUUGAUUUGGAUGGUCGUGAGCCCAAAGAGCGACCUGCACAUCUGAGCGAACAACGGGAUGCCGACGACCUAGAAAGGCGGCGGCGCCACAAACAUCGCCGUGAAGCACCCUCGAGUGGGACAGAUUCGGAAUCUGAUCCGAGACCAGAAAAGGCAGACAUACCACAGCGUAGAGAGCCCCGCCCUGAACAGCAGUCUAGUGCGGCCCCUACUGCUUUUAAUCCGAGGGACACUAUGGAUCUGAGGGCGUUGAAAGAGGCUCUCAAUUCGAAAGAUAAUUCAGUGCCCACGGCGGAGCCAACCGCUACUAGAUCUCCAAGACCAUCUGCAACGAAAGGACCUGUAGAAGCAGCCAAGAUCCGCACUGGACUAGACAGUGAACGUCGAUCUCGAGAGGCAUUUGACUCGAAGGACAACCCCCACGCACGUGUUGUCUCACCGCCCCGACCGAAGAGUGAUGAGAAACCCGUGAAGGGGAUUUUACGUGCCCCGCGGGAGAAGUUCCCCGAAGAUCUAGCUCCCAUCAGAGAGGGUGUUGCGCCUCUGAAGGAUGCGAAAAGGGAUGGCGUCCCCUCCGAUGCUAGAUGGACGAAGAUCAGCCGAAAGCUUGUGAACCCUGAAGCACUUGAGCUAGGUAAGGAGAGAUAUGAAGCGAGGGAUGAUUUUGUCAUUGUGUUGAGAGUUUUGUCGAGAGAUGAGGUCCAAGGUUAUGCAGAGGUUACACAAAAGCUCCGAGCUGCUCGCGAGGAAGCAGAGGAACAAGAAGCAAGAUCAGAACGCCGCCGAGCUCGUCGAGAGCGUCAUGAACGACAUAAGCGUGAACGCAGUCUGGGCGAGCGUUCGGAACGACGACGUCGCCGCCGUGACCGUGACUCGGAAUCUUCAGAUACCACCGACGACGAAGAUCGUGUCUACGACAGGAACGCACCUAAAAUGCUUGAGCCCGCGCCACCUCGGCGGAGGGCGGCUAGCAAUAACUUCGAUGAGCCUAUGAUGAGCGGCGGGCUCGAUGGCUUAGGGUUGAGAGAACCCCCUGAUGCUCCAGGCCAUUAUCCGGGCUAUACAAGAAACCCUCCGCCACCGGGCUCUCCAGUUGGGCAAACUCCGGGGACGAGUAGGAGGAGUCGAAACGAAUCAUGA